ACAACAAAGCCUUGAGAUAGUUCAAAGAGUUAUUAAUUGCGUUAUUUUUGAGAUUCUCAAAGGUCUUGAUAAUUUUUCAAACAAGGGUUAUAAAAAAUUACAAUUAACUACAAUUUUGAACUUCGUUUCCAAAAUAAACAUGGAAAAUAAACUGCUCGCACAGAUGAUCCAAAAACUAGGAUUGUCUGACCACGAAAAUCUUGCCCCCAAAUCCACUGAACUGCUACGGCUCCUGCAAGUCAAAUCAUCUGGCGGGGUGGCCAAUCUCGGUGACUAUGCCCGAGCUACAAUCUGUAUCGAUCUGGCUUCCGGCUUGCUCGGUUUACCCUUCGAUCUUGAAACUGGCCUUAAGAUGUCCGGGCUCAAGAAAACGGUCUACACCAACAGCAAACGAACGGUGGAAAAGAUACUGGAUAUCAGUAAAGUUUUCGGAAUCAAUGAGAUCUGCGUCCAGCUUGGGUUGAGCCAGGUCAAAAACGAAGCCCUGGUCCUGCUGGAAAGUUACAAACGAUUCGUCGACGGUGGCAAUGUGGCACUGGAUCUGACUCAUCCGCAGUAUGCAACGAUGGCAGUCUUCCAGGCUUGCAAGAGGCUCAAAGUUAAACCACCCAAAACCAAACUGGUUCCCUUCAGUCAUUUGAAACCGGCCCAGUGGGCUUUGUUGGAAAAGAACUGGGAAAAGUUCAUGGCGAGUUCUGCACUGCCAGAUUCAUCCAAAACGAAAAAGCAACCAGCAGUUGAACAAACAUUCAUCGAACCCAAGGAGGAAGUUAUCGUACAAGCUCAAAAACACAGUUCGGUGGAAGCGAUCGAGCCUUACGUGAGCUGGAAGAAGCGAAUGUUGGAGAAGGCCUAUCGAGAGUUGAAGGCAAUGGAGACCGCUCGAUAAGAUGAUCGAGCUCUACUAAAUGAUUAAAAUACUCCCGUUUUUUCCAGACCAUUAGAUGUUAAGAAUUGUUAAAGUAAGUUAUUUUUCCAUAUUGAAGAAA